UCGCCCUGUCGCGGUGUGUGCUUUCGCGGGCGGCCAAGACGCGAACGAGAGUAGGAGGAGGGAACGCGAGUUCCCUUCUACGCGACGUGAGAGGAGGCGGAAAAAAGGAGAGGCGAGAGAGCACACGCACAGCAGCUCGCGGGCUCACGUGUGUGUGGGUGUGCGUAUGUGUGCGUAUGUGUACGCGCGUUCGCGUGUGUGUGUGCGUGCGUGCCCGCGUAUGCACACGCGAGUUCGCACGGUGUGUGCACCGGGAGGAAACGCACGUACGUGCAGAAGGAGUCGAGAGCGCUCGCGAGAAAGAGAGAGAAAGACAGAGACGGCGACAGAGAGAGAGAGAAAGAGAGAGAGAGAGAGAAGCGAGGGAGACAGGGAGACGGACCGUGUGUAUGUACCACCAGAAGAGUGUAUCAGGCCACUAGUGUUGUGACGGCGAUCGUGCCCACGAGUUCUCCGGCGGGCCGGCAUCCGCGUUCUAUCCGUCUAUCAUCCGCACCGUCGCGCCCUCCCUGAUCUCUCACCGUUGUCGCGUCGGCUUUCCUCUAUCCCUCCUCGUCCUCGCCCCGAGAGUUACCUGAUCACCUUCCUCUGCGUAGGGGGCGAUCCCUCUUCCUUCUCUCGAUCCCUUCCUCUACUCCUCUCCUCCACCUUUCCCUCUCUCUCUCUCUCUCUCUCUCUCUCUCUCUCUCUCUCUCUCUUUCUUUUCCUCUUUUCCGACUCAGAUACACGAUCGUGUUGCACGCGCCACUACUUCCGGCCGAAAAGUGAAUUCUCAGGUGACGAGUCUGCCGGCGGCGAGCCAGUGCCAGUUGACCGCUGCGGCCGAGGAUACAUGCACCUCGGGGGUGCCGUCGUAAAGUGUGCGAGACCAGGACUGUACGGUGGCCAAACGCGCUCGCGCGAGACCGAGAGCGCGAGCGCGCGCGAGUGCGAGUGCUGCAGGUGCUCCGGAAACGCGCCACGUGCUGCGGCGACGUCAUCGCCGAUAGGUGAAAAAGAGAAAGAGAGAGAGAGGGAGAGAAAGGUAGAGAGAAAGAGAGAGAGACAGAGAGAAAGAGAGAGCGAAUGAGAGAGAAAGAGAGAGAGACAGAUGUCGACGGAUGUCGACGAGGUUGCCUUUCAUUAGCGAGAAACACGUUCGAUUCAGCGCCAAUCAUGCGGUACCUACUGAUGCUCCAGAUACUAAUCGCCGUGGUGCAGCCCAACCUCGAGGCCAAGCAGCGUGCGCCUAACGUCAGAGGUGUAUAUACACUGCAGGAACACUUACACGAUCACGAGAUCGUAAUACCGCGCAAGGUGAAUCAUCAGGGUGAUUUGAUCUCGCAUAAUGUAACGCAUCAUCAUCACGAGGAUGGGCCAAUCGUUCAUUAUCGAGUGGCGGUGGCCGGUAACGAGUACCACAUCGAACUGACAGCGGCCGACAACUUCAUCGGCCGCGCGAUGGUCGUGGAAAGGCGAAAGCGGGACCUGCACGUUCGCAGCCCGGCGAAAAGUCACGGCAGCAAAUGUCAUUAUCGGGGAUUCAUUAAGGGCCAUCGGAAUUCCCGCGUCGCCCUGUCCGCCUGCGACGGUUUGGCGGGUAUGCUGCGCGGCGACCACGGCGAGUUCUGGCUGGAACCAGUCGCCGUGUCCCUGGAAGAAAAACGCGGCACGUCGCCGGACGAAACGGCCGGGGACCUAGGCGCCGGUGGUGCUCGCUCGUCGGUCUAUCAGGCCCCGACGGCGGGCCGACCUCACCUCGUCUUUCGGCGAUCGGCCGAGCAACGGCAGCGGCAGCUCAAGAUCGGCGCCGGCGGCCGUAGCAAGCGACGGCGCAAAAAGAAGAGGAGACAAGAGAGAAACUGCGGCACCCGCGAACCGCGUCGAUUGACAGAGACGCGGCUCGAAUGGCAAACUCAACCGGGCCUGGUCCAAGUUCAAGGUCGUGGGCGGAGGAAACAUCAAGCGAAGCCACCAAGGUGGCACCGUUCCAAAAGAUCGAUCAGCACACCGCGUCAUGUCGAGGCUCUUGUCGUCGCCGACGGGACAAUGAUGUCGUUCCACCAGGACGGCGACGUCGAGACUUAUUUGCUGACUAUUAUGAACAUGGUGUCCUCGCUCUACCUCGACCCCACCAUCGGCAAUUUCAUCAACAUCGUGGUCGUCAGAAUUAUCCUCAUCGAGGAUAAAGAAGUGGAGAAAGAGCUCAACAUUUCGGACAGCGCGGACGACACUCUAUACCAUUUCUGCAAGUGGCAACAGGAACUGAAUCCUGCCGAUGAUUCGCAUCCAAAUCAUCACGAUGUGGCGAUUCUAGUGACGAGGAAGGACAUUUGUUCGCGCAAGAGCAUUUGCAGCACCUUGGGAGUGGCGCAUGUAGCCGGCAUGUGCCAACCGGAUCGCAGCUGCAGCGUCAACGAGGACAAUGGGAUCACAUUGGCGCACACAAUCACGCACGAAUUAGGACAUAAUUUCGGAAUGUACCACGACACGGAAAAAAUCGGCUGCAGUAAGCGCGACGGCGACACCUUGCACGUGAUGACGCCCUCUUUUGAAGUGGACGCUGUAGGAGUGGCUUGGUCUAGAUGCUCCAGGAGAGAUAUCACAAACUUUUUGGACCAAGGUAAAGGCGACUGUCUAGAAGACGAACCGGCGGACAAUGAUUACGCGUAUCCGGAUUUACCACCCGGCGCAAUGUACAACGCGGAGCACCAAUGUAGACUACAAUUCGGUGUAAAGGAGGCUGCUGUCUGCACUCCGUUGCAGGAGAUAUGCUCGAAACUGUGGUGCAUCGUGGACGGCACCUGCAGCACUAUGCUGCAUCCGGCAGCCCCGGGGACGCAUUGCGGAAAACACAUGUGGUGUCAAAACCAGGAGUGCGUGCCUAUCGUCGAUCGACCGCGGCACAUCGACGGCGGCUGGGGCGAGUGGGGCUCAUGGAGCGAGUGUUCGAGAACUUGCGGCGCCGGUGUCUCGAUAGUCGAGAGGAAAUGCGACCAUCCGGAGCCGGCGCACGGCGGAAAGUUCUGCAUAGGCGAGAGACGCCGUUACAAGAUCUGCAAUACGCAGCCCUGCCCAGAAGGCGAGCCGAGUUUCCGCGCGAUACAGUGCAGCAACUACGACGGCAAAGAGUACACGGGAAAGAACUACACCUGGCUGCCGUAUUUCGACCAGAUGGAGCCUUGCGAGCUCUACUGCACCGACACGGACGAAAGCGUGAUCGUGCCUUGGGGAGAGGCUGCUCUCGACGGCACCCCGUGCAACGUUGGUGCCAGAGACAUGUGCAUCGCUGGCAUAUGCAGGAAAGUUGGUUGCGAUUGGACCGUGGAUUCCGAUGCUACAGAAGACCGUUGCGGUAUUUGCCACGGCGACGGUACUCAAUGCGAGACCACCAGCGGCUUCUACAACAAGAGCGAAGGUUUGGGAUACAAAGAAGUCGUCGUGAUUCCGGCCGGCUCGCGAAAUAUCAAGAUCGAGGAGACCAGUCAAAGCACGAAUUACAUCGGGAUCGGCGUGCCGAAUUCCGACAAGUACUUCUUGAACGGGAAACGGCAGAUCACUUUGGCGGGCGAGUACGAGGUCGCCGGCACACCAGCGUUGUACGAACGUGAACAAGAUAAAGAGAAGAUCAGAAUCCCGGGACCCAUCAAGGAAGCCAUCACGGUCUAUGCGAUUACCCGAAGUCCGUCCAACGGCAACGAAGUGCAUUACGAAUACACGGUGCCGAAGAAGGAGCCCAUUCGAGCACCGGAAUACUCAUGGGUGUUUUCCGAUUGGAGCCUCUGCACGGUCACUUGCGGCAAAGGCACUCAAACUUCGCAGCCGGUCUGCCACGAAAAAAAGAGCGGUAUCGUUGAGAACCACUUCUGCAACGACAUAGAAAGGCCGCAGCCGCAGUCGCGCGAAUGCAAUUUGAAUUCGUGUCCCACGAGAUGGUGGGUGGGCCCGUGGCAGAUGUGCCCUGUAACGUGCGGCAAGGGCGCGCUGCGCAAGAGAUCGGUGAUGUGUGUGGUAUCCGGCACGGAUCGUGCGGACUUAGCCGUGCCCGAUCGCGACUGCAAGAAGGACGAGCGGCCCAAAGAAGUCGAGCCGUGUCCCAAUCUGCCACCGUGUGGACCCACCACGGAGGUACCGUUGAUCGUGUACGCCGAUAACAAGGACAUGUCGUUCUAUAACAUUAGCGACCAGGACGGUAUCACGAUAGUUAAUGGCCUCACCACCGACGAGCCAGAGAUUCUCGAAUUCGACAACGUCGUCGACGAGAAUCCGGACAAUUCCAUGUACAACACCAAGUCGAAGUGGACGGUGUCGAAAUGGAGUCACUGCUCGAACGGCAAGAGGAGUCGGAAAGUCACCUGCUCCGUGCCAGGCGAUUGUAAUCCAGACAACAAGCCGCCCGGCGUCGAAGACUGUCGCAGUGGAAAAUGGAUCACCGGAAAUUGGGGAACUUGCAACGCAACUUGUCUCGUAAAGUCCGGAGUUAAGCACAGGGAAGUGCAGUGUCGCGAUCGGGCGACGAACUUGCUGUCCGACGAUUGCAAUCCCGAGAAAAAACCGUUUGACACGAAGCGCUGUUAUUACCGGCGGCAAUGCUACGAGAAAAAUGAUUGCAAGAAUGGCGUACUAUCGCCGUCUAUGUGUGCGAGCUACAGACGCAUGUGUGAAGCAUCAUCGAUCGUAAAAGAAAACUGUUGCGUCACGUGUAUGAAACGAAGGCGACACGUCCGUCAUAGUAGACGUUACAUACCUGCCGAAUGACAAAAUGAAGAGCCAAGAAGCCGAGCACGAGGGUCUCGUAUUUUACGACUCGCGAGCGAAUCAGGAGGCGCAGCCGUCCUACCUUGUCCAUAUGUCGACUUAAGAUAUUAAUUAUAACGAUACCGUAGAUUGAAGUUUCAUGUUUGACGCGUGCAACGAUGUAGAGAAAUACGCAACAGAGGGUGAUAUUACGAGAUUAUAUUUUGUAACUUUGUACCGCAUACGUAUACAUAUAUAUGUAUAUGUAUUUUUUGUACCGAGAUCUGUAACCCUAGUGCCUUAGUAUGCCUUAGAUUUCGUUAGGAUAUUAAUUCAAACACAUUUGUAAACGCCAAAUAUUUUUCGGUAUUUCAGUAGAAUGACGUUCAACAUUAACACAACAGACUAAUGUUGUUAGAAACUUUUUAUACGAUAAAAGAGAAGUAAUUCUUAUGGAUCUAAUCCGUUGGCCAUGUUAUUCGAUACUUUUUUUUCGAAUGAACAAUUUUCUUCAAUUGAUACUAGUAAAUUUGUAGCAGUGACAUACACGCAACAUUUUUCUGUGGAAUUAUCAUCACUCUCGAUGAAAAUAACUAUAUUUUCUUUAAUAAUUGUAUGGCUAAGAUAACCUUCGAAUACGUAACACUGUAAGAUUUAAGAUAUUUAAUUAUUUUAGGAAUAGAAUUGAAUGUUCAUAUCUGGCGAAUUCAAAUGAUGAAUUUCUUAAUCGAAUAUUUACGCUUAAUAUAUGAAUGUUCAAAAAAUUCAUAAAUAAUAUUUUUGUAUGCUCUUUCUUACAUUCUUCUUCUUUUUCCGGUAACUCUAUAAUCCUUUGUGGGUUUUGGCUUUCAACGUCUGGACAGUUUGGACUUGUUUCUGUCAAUUGCAUCUUUUACCUGUUACUCACUUUUAUUAUUUUAAUAUCAUCUAGUAUAUUAUCUUCCUACUCUGGUCGUGGCUUUCCUUUCGAUUUCUUUCUGUAUGGUUUCCAUUUUUUGUAAUUUUCUUAACUUUCAACGUUUAUUCUAGUCAAAUAUCCCAACCAUUUCAAUCUUUAUGAUUUUAUACACGCAUCUUAUUAUAUUUUCCCUCGAAUAUUGUUAUUUAAGUUAUCCAGUUUCAUGUUAUUUCUUAUUCUCUAUUGUUCAUUUUCAUAUUGAUCCGUAUGUUUUCUUCAAUAUCUUUUUUAAAUUACGAUAAUAUAAAAUCUUUUCUCGCA